CACGCACGCCAUCCGUCGCUUCACGCACAAGGAGCUCGCGCACCAUCGACCACCCGUCCCGGUGCGAGCUGCCCACCGUGUCCGCCGCGUCGACCGGUGCGUGCGUGCGUGCAUGUAUAUAAGCGUGCGUGCGUGCGUGCGCGCACCGGGAGUAGAGUACCGCGGCACAGUGCGGGUCACUCGCAGCCGCGCGCACUGUCCCCUCCCUCCGUGCUCCGUGCUCUGAGCCAGCCAUCAUGGCCGCGCUCGCCUUGCUGCUCCUGCUCGCGCUCGGGGAGGGGGCCUCGGCAUUGCGCGGCCGCGCCGACGGCGAGGCGGUCAAGUUCGACUUCACGCCGUUCCUCAUCCAGUACGAGAGCGGGCGGGUGCAGCGGUUCAUGGGCACCAGCGUGGUGCCGCCGUCCGUGGACGCGCGCACGGGCGUCGCCUCCGCGGACGUCGUCGUCGACCAGGGCACGGGCCUCGCCGUAAGGCUCUACCGGCCGAGCACCCGCGGCAGGCACGGCAGGCUGCCAGUGCUCCUCUACUUCCACGGCGGCGCGUUCGUCGUCGAGUCGGCCUUUGGCCCCGUGUACCACAACUACCUCAACGCGCUCGCGGCCAGGGCGGGCGUCAUCGCCGUGUCGGUGAACUACCGCCUCGCGCCGGAGCACACGCUGCCGGCUGCCUACGACGACUCGUGGACGGCGCUCCAGUGGGUGCUCUCCAACGCCAGCCGCGGCUCCGGCUCCGGCUCCUCCUGGCUCUCCAAGUACGGCGACAUGUCCCGGCUGUUCGUCGGCGGGGACAGCGCCGGCGGCAACAUCGCGCACAACCUGGCAAUGCGCGCGGGGCAGCAGGGUGGGCAGGACGCCGGCGACAUCAGACCGCCGAUCAAGGGCGUGGCGCUGCUGGACCCCUACUUCCUGGGCGGGCACGCGAGCGCGUGGGCGGAGCGGGCGUGGGGGUUCAUCUGCGCGGGGCGGUACGGGACGGAGCACCCGUACGUGGACCCGAUGGCGCUGCCGGCGGAAGCGUGGCGGCGGCUCGGGGCGGCGCGCGUGCUGGUGACCAGGUCGGGGCAGGACCGGCUGGGGCCGUGGCAGGGGGCGUACGUGGACGCGCUCCGGGGCAGCGGCUGGGGCGGGAAGGCGCGGCUGUACGAGACGCCCGGCGAGGGGCACUGCUACUUCCUCAACAACCUCCAGUCGCCCAAGGCCGCCAUGCAUAUGGCCACCGUCGCCGCCUUCGUCAAUCACUCUCCUAGCUAGCUAUCUCCAUACGAUAGCCCAGUCAUUGUCUGAUCUGGCGGCGAGGUGACCAGACCGGCAGUAAAAAUAAUAAUAGAAUAAAAGGGUAGUAGAGUGUGCUGCUGUUGCCUCUGUUUUCGUUUCUUCUUGGAAGCAGAUCGGCUUGUGAAAGACAGAUGGCAUUGUCCACCGCGGCUGGAGCGGCCCCUUGAACUUUGGAACAGAUAAGCAUGAUGAAUGGAUGGAAGAGGGGCUCGAUCGAUCUUCGACGUGCUCGAGGUUUAUAAA